GCUGUUGUUCGGAGGUGUCACUAGCGGACGGAGAUUCGGGCAUGGACACGGACGUUCGGAACUUCCAGUCGUCCUUGGAGCUAGCAUCAAGCUGGAGUUAACGACGGUGCCUUUGUGAAGCUUCGAGCAUGUGUCUUUUGGAGUCAGGCAGCCGCGUCAUCGAGACAGCUCCGUGAAUGGCACGGCUAGUUGGAUGUGUAUAUUAGGCCAGCUCUCGAGUGGUGGCCUCCUCAUCGCACUUCUACCAAGCAAUGGCGACCACAUCCUACAACAGCACGCCCAACCUCUCGAUAAAAGUCGGAGGGGUGGCCUAUGCCUAUCGUGAUCUUGGCUCCCGCAUGGGCGUGCCCCUGGUUCUGUUCAACCACUGGGGCGCCGUGCUGGACGACUACGACCCCGCUAUUGUCGAUGCGCUUGCCCGAAGCCGCCGUGUGAUUGCGACCAACUACCGCGGCGUGGGUGCGUCUGGCGGACAGGUGCGUGCCUCGGUCGAAGAGAUGGCGCGCGACGCCAUCGAUCUCAUCCGCGCCCUGGGCUUUGACAGCGUCGAUCUCUUUGGCUUCUCCCUGGGCGGCAUGGUGGCGCAGGACAUCGCGCUCCGGGCGCCUGAACUCGUGCGGAGGCUGAUCCUCGUCGGCACGGGUCCAGCCGGGGGCAAGGGCAUCGGCAAGUUUGGCGCGGUGCCGUGGAUCCUAGUCAGGGGCUUCCUGACGAUGCAGGACCCCAAGCACCACCUCUUCUUUCCAAACACGCCCGAUGGCCAGCGCGAGGCCAAGGACUUUGUGGCUCGCAUCAAGGAGCGCACGGUGGAUCGCGACCAGGGCCCCAGGAUCUCGUCUUACUAUCGACAGCUGCAGGCCAUCACUGCGUGGGGGCAGCGUGCGCCCCAGGACCUGGGCAGGAUCAAGAUUCCCGUGCUGAUCACCAAUGGCGACAACGACAUCAUGGUCCCGACCGAGAACAGCGUCGACAUGGCGCACCGCAUCCCGCAGGCGCAGCUCGUCAUCUACGAAAACGCGGGCCAUGGGGGCCACUUUCAGUGCCACGAGGACUUUGUUGCGACGGUCCUGCCCUUUCUCGAAGAGUAAUGCUCAGUGCCAGCAGCUUUUCUGGUGUCACCCCUUUAGAUUCUAUGGCAUGCGGCCCUCCUCUUGCAAGUGUACAUAAAACGACCAGCCGUCCUUCAUGUGUGGUCUGAGCGCAUUGAUCUCGACGGCGAAGAGCGACGAACGUGC